AUGCCUCCCUCCUCGCACUACCUCAACCUGCUCAACCUCACCCAGCCCGGCGACGACAUCACUCAAGAUGCCUAUGCAGCCGCCGACCUCUCCAAGGAACUCGAACUCUUCACCAACAGCAGCUUCCUCGACCAAGAAUCCGCCUUUUUCCCAACCAACAACUACGCCUCAUCGCAGUAUGACCUACCAACUCAACCGCAACAGCAGGGGAGUGUCAAGCGAUCCGGUAAGAGCGUUUCACCAACGAUACGAUCGGCCUUUGCGCCCGCUCAAACACUGGAUCUCAAUUACAUGUUCAAUACACCCACUGCGCAACAAACCCUGCCAUCAGCAGCCAUGGAUCUAUCAUCCCAUGAGCAGAAGCGUAAACUCGCUCAAAUGGACUUCACCACAACUGGUGGUAUUGAGGUGGAUGCGUUUUCGCCAUCGACGCCAGGAGGUUCGAAAAUGACGAAAUCGCUCGAAGAAGAGGAUAAACGGCGUCGCAACACGCAAGCUUCUGCGCGUUUCCGAGUCAAGAAGAAGCAGCGCGAGCAAGCUCUUCAAGAAACUGCAAAGCAAAUGACGGAUAAGUGCACGACGCUCGAAUCGCGUGUCAAAGAAUUGGAGUUGGAGAACAAGUGGUUGCGCAAUUUGUUGAAGCCUACGGAGGGUCAGUCGAAGGAAACUGCUGCGACUGAAGGACAGUAG